AUGCGAGUUCGCGUCGACAGUGGCUUCAAAUGCUCCAAUAUAAACACGUGCAACUACAAUAACGGCGGUUGCGCUCAAAUGUGUUCGAACUCGGUCUGCUCGUGUUACACCGGCUACAAACUACAGAACGACAACGCUACAUGCAAAUACGAAGACCCAAACACAGGAGCCACUAUAAAUACGACAACUGAUACGAUAAGUUGUAAUGUGUUGGACGGACUCUGCGGGUAUGCCUGCGUCAGGGGUGUUAAUGGUCAGCCCGACCGCUGCGUGUGUCGCUCGGGUUACGAACUUUCACCCAAUGGGAGGACGUGCCUCGAUAUUGACGAAUGUGCAAGGGGUCUGACGAACUGCACAGCGCCUCGCGUCUGCCUCAACUUCGCCGGAAACUAUUCAUGCAUCGCCAUCAUCUUCAAGGCCACCAAAGCCAUUUUGGUUAUUGAUCCCAUAUUCAAUGCGCUGACGAUCACACCGGAGCAACCCUACAGCGAGGAGGCAAUCAGUCGGAUAGAGACCGGUUUAAAUCAGAUCAAAACCGGUUCCGGCCAGCUUCAAACCUCCUUCUACGCCUUGUUAGCCUGGACGAUCGUCAUAGCUCUAGCCAUCGCUAUUCUGUCGGCUGUCAUCUUCAAGAUGCCCACAGCUGAUAAAACAAAAGCUAGUCGUUCUGAUGCCUCAUCAGUUGCUUCAGUAGCCACACAAUCGAAUAAUACUCGACAAGUAUUAUCCGGCGAUAAUUCUCUCGCUCCGACGAGGAUCACGUCGGUGUCGAAGGCGUUAAAUUCGUGGAACGGUACGAAAUAUCCGGGUAGGCCGACGUUGUGGGAUAACAAAGGAUCGUUUGGAAGUAGCUUCAGUGCACAUUUGGACGGGGUGCUAGGUGUCAGUGAAAUUAAUGACUUCAAUGCUGAAGACGGUGAUAAUGUUGAUGUCGUUGACCAUGGGCUGGCUCCGAUACAUAAUAAUAAUAUUAAUAAUAAUAAUAUUAUUAAUAAUAAUAAUAAUAAUUGUAAUAAUAAUAACGAUAGUAAUAAUAAGCAUUUAUCAUCGUCGUCGUCGUCGUCAUCUUCGACGACUUCAUCGCAAUCAACAUCUCCAGCUAUCUCACAAGUUGUCAACGAGGAGACCUUAUCUGAAAGAUUAUAA